AAAGAGUUCACAAUUCUUUCAAAGACUAAUAGUUUAUGACAUCGGAUUUAAUUACUUAAUUGGAUUGUGUGCGAAUUGUUUAGUUGUCUGAAAUAGAUCUGUGCAGCGGUUCCAGUAUAAAAUCAUACUCGGUCUAAGAUGUUGAAAAUAAAGUGCAAAGUGCUUAGUUAAAUUAAUUAAGUAAACACAUAGCUGCAUAUACACAUGUACGAAAUUCAUACGUACAUAAAUGUGUAUGCGUGUGUAUAAUAACUUUGGUUGCCGAACCAGCAAAGCGAGUUUCAUGGAGCCAUAAAUUAAUUACCUACAGGGUAAUGUAAUCAUGUUCAUUUCGCUAAUACGUGUGCUCGUAGUAGUAGUCUGUGUAGAAGAAUGUUGGAGCUUCAAUAGUAUUUUAUCGCAACCCGCCAUCAAUGGAACAAACGAUACGCUUUCAAAGUUCAUAAAUUCUAUUGAGUCUGCGGCAGCAGAUGAAGCUUCUAACUAUCGCACAUCUACAGAAGCAUCUCUACAAAGUGCAAAUGGUGCUGCAGUGCCGGUGGAUUGUUCACAACGCAGCAAGAAAGCGGAGCAACCGGUACCUAAUAAAAAUUCGAGGCUGAAGAAAUGUUGUCCUCAUGGCGAGGGGUUGAGCAUUUUUCAUGACAAUCAAACCGAAGAGUUUUGUGAUUCGACUAAUUUUCAUUUCGAACCGAGUAUUAUAAGUGCAGUGCUGUAUGAUAAUUGCAUUGAGGAUGAUGAGGCUGUGGUGCGUUUGGAAUACGAAAUUGGGAAUCCUUGCAAUUCGUCUCUAAUUUACAACAACGAGGAUGAUACAUUUUUCGUUUUACAAGAUGGUUCUUUGCUCAUUAUGGACAAGUAUGGCAAUGACAGUUAUACGGUGGAAAAGUACUAUUGCCUCGACAUGGACAAUGUGUCAGGCAUCACCUACGCGAUCACCUGCAUCACAGCCAUUGAAGAACAUUUGAAACGUGGGCAAAUUAUUGCCAUUGCUACUUUGAUGCUCGUGUCUAUUCCGUGUUUAUUAACUGUCAGUUAUCUACAUAUAAGACUGAGAGAAUUGCGAACUGUACAUGGAUUGUGUCUAAGUCUGCUGUCAUUGUGUUUAGCUAUAGGCUAUUUCCUGCAUUCGUUGGUGCACAUAUUCAAGAACGAUUCAAUGAGAGUUGGUUAUGUAAUACAAUUUUUCAUGUUAGCUUACUUUAUAUGGUUUUUCUGUCUCUGUUGGAAUGUGUUGGUAAACAUUUGGUAUCGAAUCCCCAGGAACAAGAGGCGAAGUAAAGUGCAAAUGUGGUGCGUUUUUAGUAUAAACCUUUCGAUCUGUUGUGGCAUUGCGGGAUCAUUGGUGGCAAUGACAGUUCAUAAGGGAUUGCCUGGUAUGCCGUCCUACUUUGUGCAAGGUUUGACAGCAUCCAUACGCGAAUCUCAACGAUAUUUCAUACCACCCGUAUCAUCGCUACUCUUCUUGUCUUUCAUUGUAAUGAUAAUAUCAUUUUUCGCUUUCCAAAGGAUUAAAAAGCACAAGACAAAUGCAGCGGCAAAAGAUAGUAAAAAUGGGACUCUUUACACAAAUGUAACUACAGAAAUUGAUGAGAUGAAGUAUGAGGAAGUAAAGAAAGACGCAAAAUGUAUCAGCUUCUUGGGCGUAAUACUUAUCGUGUCUUGGCUUUUGGAAAUCGUCACAUUCUACUCACCUGGUCCGGAAGCCUACCUUAUGGUCAUGGAAAUGGUCAAUGGAUUACAAGGAGUGUUCAUAUUAUUGAUCUUUGUCGUGGUGCGGCGCAGACGCACCAUUAUUUUGAGAUGGUGGUACGAUAGGGGAUCUCAUAAUGUUGAAGACGUUGAACUUACAGCCAUAAAUAAAUAAGUAAAUUAAUUUCGAAUUUGUGCAUUUAAAUGCUUGCUAAAAUUAUAUGCAUAUAAAUAGUUUAGACAAACACACAAUCACAUAUUUGUAAACAUCUCAAAGAUCAUAACCAUUUUAAACGUUAAAUUUUAACAAACAAAUCGUACAAUAAGUAUUUCAAAGUCACUAAAGAUAGUAUCUAAAUAUUUAUAUACCAUUUGUUACUAACUUAAGGUUGAAUAUAACUAUUUAAAAAAUGUAUGUACGAUAACACAAUAUUAAAAAAUCCUAAUAACCGUCGGCCCUCGGCAAGCAAUGACUGGCCUCCGAAUGCAUUUCUGCCACCAUUUGUGGGGCACAAAUUAGUCAAACACCGAACAAACGGGUACGUACAAACAAGUAUUUUAAACUGUAUAAAUAACUCCAUGUACCAAAAAAUUACCUCGUUAUUAUCCGAAUAAUUUAUUUUAAAUAAAAUCACACCAUGAUAUAUGA